AUGUGGUCUACGGGAUUGCUUGUUGCUGCAGCGGCAUACGCUUCGACUGCCUUUGCUGUUUCGAGGCCCAAGAACUUCAUCUUCAUCGUUCCUGAUGGAAUGUCUCCAGCAUCUCAGACGUUGGCCAGGACGUACUUGAACGCACUAUCCAGCGGCAUGGGAAUCGAUCAGCUUGUAAGAUUUUCAGUCAUCACGUGGGAAGAAGUUACAUUGCUGAUCCAGUUCCAGCCUAUUGGGAAUACACGAACCCACUCGGCGAACAACCUCGUAACAGACUCUGCUGCAGCUGGGACUGCCCUUGCUACAGGUUUCAAGACCGACAACGGUGCUCUCGGCGUUCUCCCAGACGGACAACCCGUGGGAUCCAUCAUGGAAGCAGCCAAGAUGGACGGCUAUCUCACAGCUUUGGUGGUGACUAGCAUUAUCAAUCACGCCACUCCAGCAGCAUACUCCUCCCACAGUGUAAGCCGGAAUGCGCUUCCUCAGAUUGCUGAGCAGCAGAUUGGUUACAGCCACCCGCUCAACCAGAGUGUUGAUAUUCUUCUUGGUGGUGGCCGGUGCUACUUCAUGCCAAGCUCUAACGAAGACUCCUGUCGUGAGGAUGACAUCGAUCUUUUCAAGUACGCCGAGGAGAGGGGCUAUUAUGUUGCUCAAGAUCGUGAUGCUUUCGAUCGUCUUGAGAAGGGGAAAGGCAGCAUCCAGCUCCCUUACAUUGGUCUCUUCAAUGACGGUGACCUCGUCUACGACAUCGAUCGCAAGCAACAGCCCGAGUCUGAGCGCGAACCUUCUCUWUCCGAAAUGACAAGCACUGCGCUGGAAUCCCUCAAGCGAGGAGUUGAAUGCCGCGGCCGCAAAUGUCCAAAAGACAAGAAGGGCUACUUCAUGAUGAUUGAGUCAUCUCGCAUCGAUCACUCCAGCCACGCACACGAUGGUGCCGCUCAUCUCGGAGAUGUUCUCGAGUAUAAUAGAGUCAUGGAUCUCGUCAAGGCCUGGAUCGAUAGUAACCCGGAUACCAUGAUGAUCAGUGUAGCAGAUCACGAGACGGGCGGACUGACUCUCCCAAGUGGCUACAAUGUUGGCGUACUGGCAGGUCCCAGCCAGUCUGUUGAGCAUCUCACCGCUCGUUGGGAAGAGUUUACAGGUUCCGACCGUCGUGGCUUCUUGACCAGCGACAUUCUGCCAGCGUAUGGCAUCACUGGUGCCACGGAUGCUGAAAUCUCUGCUCUCUUGUCCGCCGGCGAGGAAUUCGGCCAGACGCUGGCGGAUACGCUCAACAGCCGCAGUGGGUUGGAGUGGUCGACGGGCGGCCAUUCAGGUGUGGAUACUACCCUUUUUGGCUAUGCCAAGGGUAAGAUGGGUGAGGAGCUCAAGGUUGCGUUGGCGGGCAACCAUGACAAUGUCGAGCUUCCGCGCUUUAUUGAGGAUCUCAUGAGAUUGGAUAUGGACAAGGUGACGAGAGAGUUGCGAGCCAAGGGCACUGAUUGGAUUCCGUAG